UUCCUCCCGGAAGCGGGCCUUGGCGGAUGUCUCCGGCGCGUCCGUGCAGGGGGCUGAGGGCCGCGGUGGCUGCCAGCGUGGGAUUAAGCGAGGGGCCGGCGGGCUCCGCCCGAAGCGAUCGCCUCCUUCGCCCGCCGAGUCCUGUUCCGGCGGCGCCGGGGGCCCGGCUGUUGCGGCUCCCGGGAAGCGGGGCCGUGCGGGCCGCAAAGCCGGAGCGCGCCGGCUGGACCGAGGCGCUGCGGGCCGCCGUGGCCGAGCUGCGCGCUGGCGCCGUGGUGGCUGUCCCCACCGAUACGUUGUACGGCCUGGCCUGCUCGGCGAGCUGCUCGGCGGCACUGGGCGCUGUGUACCGCCUCAAGGGCCGCAGCGAGGCCAAGCCGCUGGCCGUAUGCCUGGGCCGCGUGGCCGACGUCUACAGGUACUGCCACGUGAAAGUCCCUGAGGGACUCCUGAAAGACCUGUUACCAGGACCAGUUACACUGGUGAUGGAACGCUCAGAGGAGCUCAACAAGGACCUGAACCCCUUCACUCCCCUUGUGGGCAUCCGGAUUCCUGAUCAUGCCUUCAUACAGGACUUGACUCAGGUAUUUGGGGGACCUCUUGCUCUCACCAGUGCCAACCUCAGCUCCCAGGCCAGUUCUCUGAAUGUGGAGGAGUUCCAGGACCUCUGGCCUCAGUUGUCCCUGGUCAUCGAUGGCGGACCAAUUGGCGAUGGCCAGAGCCCUGAGUGUCGACUAGGCUCCACUGUGGUCGACUUAUCUGUGCCUGGAAAGUUCAGGAUCAUUCGUCCAGGAUGUGCCCUAGAAAGUACUACAGCCAUCCUCCAACAGAAGUAUGGGCUGCUUCCCUCACAUGGAUCCUGUGUGUGAAGUUCUAAAGGAGGGAGAGCCCAAGGAUUGGUGCUGGACACUGUGUGUCUGUUCCUGGUGGUUGGCAAGGCCUCAGUUGCAGAGGCAUUGGGGCUACAGCAUCACUUGUCUCUUUGCUGAACACUGCUGACCAGGCCCCCGAAGCUGCUAGCUGAACUGUACCUCUGUUGGGGGGUGGAAGACACGUGAGAGGUAUUUUCUUUCUACAAUUUCACGGGUCACUCGAAAGCUGAAUAGAGACUUUAAGAAUAUUCCUAGGAUAGCUUUAUUCUGGAAAGUUUCUUCUUUUUUUUUUUAAGAUAUUAUUUAUGCUUACAGACUGGGGUAUAGGCCAGAGAUGUAGUAGGUGAGA